AUGCCACCCAUGGAUCCUAUUUCUCGGCCAUCUUCGACCUCAACUGUGAACUCUUUACACCAUAGUGCAUCUCUGCCGCAGCUUCCUGGUCUAUCAGCACUUGCUUCAAUAGCUUCCGGUACAAGUUCACCACAAUUGAGGGCAUUCAACGUCGGACAAAGUGUGAAUAUGGGGUAUGCAACAUCAUCACCAUCUGCUACCUCUGGAGGAGGUCAAAACAAUACACCGCCUACCUGUCAGAAUUGUCAGACUUCAACGACUCCAUUAUGGCGCAGAGAUGAAAUAGGAUCCGUAUUAUGCAAUGCUUGUGGUCUCUUUUUGAAGCUGCACGGAAGACCUCGGCCGAUAAGCCUCAAGACAGAUGUUAUCAAGAGUCGAAAUCGCGUCAAGAGUUCUGGGACUGCCCAGAGUGCGAAGAAAAAGACUCUUUAUGAAGCUAAUGGUCUUGACCAAGCGCGAUCGCAAGCUGGGACACCACCACCGGGUUCUCUAGGACAUAGAAGAACAUCAGGAAAGUCUGCCAAUGGCCACUCAGAUGGAUCGAAUUCUCCUAUUUCCAGGACUGCGACUCCUUCGAUGUAUGGUAACCAUUUACCCCCGUUCAACGGAAAUGGCUUGGAAGAACAUCAAUACAAUCAUUCCCCGUCUCUCCCACCCAUGCACAUUAGACAACCUUCCCCUGGGGAUAUAAGAUCUGCGUCACCAUCUAUGAAUGGACCGCAUGGUCUUGAAGUACCCCAGACAUACGAACAACUUAUCGCCCAGAAUUCAUCUUUGAAAACCCGUGUCAAUGAGCUCGAAGUCAUAAAUGAACUCUUUCGAGGCCGAGUCACCCAACUUGAACAAGAUGAAGCCAAUGCGAAUCAAGGAGUUGCGAUGCUCCGAGAAUCAGAACACAACCUUAUGAAUCGACUCGAGGAGUCGCAACGCCGAGAAAACCAAUUAAAACGUCGCUUGGAUGAUGUUGAACGUGAACUCAACGAAUUGCGUGACGGGGCACCCCGCGCUAAGAAAAUGCGUGUCGCAGAUAUGGUUGGGGACAGUGAAUCAUCAACUCCACAAUCAGUCACUUCAUAG